CGCUGGGUUCGUGCUGUGUGAGGCCUCCCCGCCCCCCUGCACUGUUCCGCCGGGCCCUGUCGCGUCGGGAUGAGCCGCGCUUCCCCAUGGAGACCAAACGGGUCGAGAUUCCCAGCAGCGUCCUGGACGAUCUGUGCAGUCGAUUUAUUUUGCACAUUCCGAGUGAGGAAAGAGACAAUGCAAUCAGAGUGUGUUUUCAGAUUGAACUUGCCCAUUGGUUUUACUUGGAUUUCUACAUGCAGAACACACCAGGAUUACCUCAGUGUGGGAUAAGAGACUUUGCUAAAGCUGUCUUUAGCCAUUGCCCUUUUUUACUGCCUCAAGGUGAAGAUGUGCAAAGGGUUUUGGAUGAGUGGAAAGAGUAUAAAAUGGGAGUACCAACCUAUGGUGCAAUUAUUCUUGAUGAGACACUUGAAAAUGUACUGCUGGUUCAAGGAUAUCUAGCAAAGUCUGGCUGGGGAUUUCCAAAAGGGAAAGUAAAUAAAGAAGAGGCUCCACAUGACUGUGCAGCUAGAGAGGUGUUUGAAGAAACUGGUUUUGAUAUCAAAGAUUACAUCUGCAAAGAUGACUAUAUUGAACUACGAAUCAAUGAUCAGCUAGCACGCUUGUACAUCAUUCCAGGAGUUCCAAAGGACACAAAAUUCAACCCCAAAACCAGAAGAGAAAUUCGGAACAUUGAAUGGUUCUCAAUUGACAAAUUACCAUGCCAUAGAAAUGACAUGACCCCAAAGUCCAAGCUAGGUUUGGCGCCUAACAAGUUUUUCAUGGCCAUUCCCUUCAUCAGACCAUUGAGAGAUUGGCUUUCUCGAAGAUAUGGGGACUCCUCUGAUAGUGACAAUGGAUUUUCAUCCACUGGGAGCACACCAUCCAAGCUCAACAUGGAGAAAACAAGAUCCAAACUUCGUUAUAGCCAGCAGGUGUUUACAGAUGGCUCUCCAGGAGACCAGUGGACAAAGUACAGACAACCACAGCAACAGAAGCCAUAUAACAAUCAUUCUGAGAUGUCUGAAGCUCUAAAAAUAAAGAACAUGAGGGGUAAUGGUAGAAAGCAAUAUCAAGACACUUCUAACCAAAAGAAGAGGACAAAUGGGGUCCACAGUCAGCCAACGAAACAGAACCAUACAUUGAAAUGUGAAAAAAAACUUAAUCCAAGAAGACUUCAGGAUAACUUUGAAACAGAUGCAGCAGCGUAUGAUGUGUGUUUCUCCAUUGAAGACCUGCUGGAACAUACAGAGGCACACUCUGUGGCAUGUAAUGGUCAUUACAAAAUCACUUUCUCAUCAAGAGCUUUCUUGAGCUUCAAGUUUGACUAUGAUGCCAUAAUGAAAAGUUUUGACCUCUGACAGCAAACCUAUUAUGGAUGAACAAAAAUCAAAGACUGACCUUUUGCAGUUGAGUGGGUUUCUAAUCCAGCCUUACUCGUUCUCAGGUGUUUUUAUUUUUUUAUUUUUAAAGCAAUGCAGGGACUGAAAGAUGAUUUGGAAGGGUUCAUUCUCUUUGCAGUAUGGAAGUGGCAUAGUGAAUUGUCGCACUUUAAAUGCAGUUCCGCCUUUAUUCACGAAAGUACCUUUCCAGUGUUUGGUUCACUAGUUCCUGCUGUUGCAUUAGAGGGCAUUUUUUUUUUUUUUUUUAAACUUUGAAAUAUUUUAGUGUUGGCUGUAUACUAACACACUAAACUUUGAACCUGCUCUGAUGUAAAGUUGUUGGAACACUCAGUCUUUAUUUUCUAGUACUUUGCUGUAGUAUAGCAAUUAAAGUAAUUCUCAGAGGACACCCAUUUUCUCUAUCCCAGCAAUGUUGAAAUCUUGGAGCUUCUGUGCUUAAAAGAAUUACAAAUUUCAAGUCUACUCGUUUGACCUCAUCUUUGCAGUUCUCUUCUUCUCUCCGGUUGUCUGCCGAUGUUCUCUCCUCUCCAUCAUGCUCGAACUCAUUUUAGAAUGACUUGCAACUCAAAACUAAAUCCACAGGGUCCCAUUCUGCCCUGACUUACACCUUUUCCUCCUCUGUCUUCUGUGAGGAUACGCUUGCUGGACAGAACUUGGCCUUUCACAUGUACUUGUUUCUGUUCUUCCUUUGUGUCCAUUAGAACUGUUCUCCCGUAGGAGAAAGUGGGAUGCGAGCCUUCUUUCACUUGCAGCUACUUUUUAAGAUGCAGAAAGGAAAAGCUAAAUUUUGUGGGCGAGGCGAUUCUUAUGUAUCGUGCUGAAUGUAAAUAAGCCUCUGCAGGUCCUGCUGAGGGAAGGGGAGGAUUGAGGCAGAUACGUGGAUGACUAGAGAACGUCACCUACCACCUAAUGGCUUAAUCAAGUUUGCAAUAACUGUUCAUUAUUGUGUUCUAUACUGUUGUCCUUGGAGGUGUCUAGUGUAAUGUGUGUUUUCUCUCUCUCUAUAUAUAUAUAUACAAUAGUAUUGAAUUCGAUAUUGCAGUUGCAUCUCAGUAUCUGAAAACUGUAACAAAAAUGAAUGAGGCUACAGCCUUUUAAUAAGUAUAUCAAAGAUGUGAAAAAAUUAGCAGUAGGAAUGCAAAUGAUAUUAAGUAAAAAAAAAAUUAGUCAUACAUCCUUGCAUCAUGAUUUACUUGAGAGAGUUUUGAAUAUACGUUUCAAAAGUAUUUUAUUGGGGGUUGGAAGCAAAUGAAACUCCUCACUUGUCUCAGCAACCAGUACCUAUGUUCUUCCCCCCCCCCCUUUUUAUUAAAAAAGAAGUGGAUGGUUCUCUAAAAUUAAGCUAGGUGGGUAUGAUAUGUAAUUUGGAGGACUGAAUGACUAAAUUGUCUUCUAUCAAUGGCUGUUCCAAGGCUGCGUAUCUUCUGUGGUCAGAGAAUGUAUGUUCACCCACAGACAGCCUUUUAUAUCUUUUUGGUGUGGUAUCCACAAAACACAAUCCCUGUCUUCUUGCAAACACCCUAUAAUAUCUAUUAUCUUAUAUUUGCCCUCAAUAAAUAGCGUGUUAGCUUAUUUUUAUCUUCUAAUCUUUUCAUCCCUUUGGACCAGGGAAUCUAGUAAUUUUCAGUUGUUAAAACAUUUCCCAUUAGCCAGGAAAGCUGGACUCCUCUAUCAGUUAACAGGAGAAAUAGACUCCAGUUUUUCCAUUUGGAUAAGAAAGUCUUACAAUGGGUCAGUUUACUUUUAGAAUAGUUGUUGAAGUGACUCUUUUGCUUCACCUUGGUGUGGCGGCGGCGGCGGGUUGACAGCCAGAAAUAAUGUUCGGAGGUUGCUUAAAUCAGUAAGGCCCAGAUCCUCAAAGUUAUUCAGGUUGCCUAACUUACAGUAAUGUUUGUGGGAGUUAGAUCUUCAAAAAGUAUUAGGUACCUGUGCCUAAAUGCAUAUGUCCUGUUAUUUAAUUGAGGGGGCUGGAUAGUAAAGUUGGAGAGGGCUGAAUGUGUCAAUUUUACCUAUUCAGAUCCAAAUGAAAACAAAGCUUUGUUCAGUCCUCUUAGAGUAAGUAGUUGAUUUCAGGGCUUUGGAGCUGUGCUCUGGCUCUGCUCCAGCUCCAGGCAAAAACCUGCAACUCAACUGCUCAGUGCUCCGCUCCAAAGCCCUGAUUGAUUUCCUAGCAAUAAGUGUCUAGCUCAUAAGGAAUCAGAAGUUAGCACUCAGACCUCCAGGCUGCUAAUGCCAGUGAGUUUAAUGAGACUCUCUUAACGCAUGAUUAAAAAUCAAGCUUUGGAAAACUUUAUUUCUGAUUGGUAGAUUGACUUUUCAAAUAUGUUCCUUUUAUGCCUCUUCACUUAAUGCACCAUGAAUUAAUAAGGGGAAGAUUGAUAGAGCUGUGUGAAUUUUAAACUUGAAACUUCCACUUGAUGACAGUUUGGGAUGUGAACUGGCUCAUAGCAAUAUGAGAGGAAGCCUCUAAAGUGAGGUAACUGCAGAGUGUGCAUAAGUGGGAUAUGCCUUACUGGGAUCACUAAGUGUAGAUGUGUUUUUUUUUUUUUUUUUUUUUUAGGCAAAAGUUUUCAUUUAUUACAAAAAUACCUGGCUUCCUCACUGAGGAAUCCCAAACAAAGGCUGCAGAAAACAGGCCUGAUUUUAUGAAAUCUAGCAUAAAUGUGAGUUGAAAAUAAAUUUGAUAAAUAUGCAAUAAUUUCUAUUUCUUUGUGUACAAGGUACUGUUUCAGAAAUAUGUAUUGACACAGUUUCCUUCUUUCUCGAGGUCUCAAACAGCUUAUUAAAUGUGUUUGUAUAUGACCUGCCUUUGGGUUUCAGGGUGCCCUGCACUGUGAACAUUUCAGAUUGUUUACUCUUACUAGUUUUGUAUGUCCUUUUUAUGUGUUUUAUGUUCAAAAUGUUAAAUGAAUCAUUUUAUACUUUGUAUUCCAAAGUGUAGGAGUACACCUUACAGGAAUGUCUGUAAAAGAGUGAAGAAAUAGAAAAUGGAUGAUUGAGUUUCAUUCAGUGGAUUUUUUGGUUUUCAGAGUGGGUGGGCAUUUGGUGAGGCAAGAUUAUCUAGUCCAAUUGACUGUGAAUGGACUUCAGAGAUCUAAGUGCUUGUUGGUGUGAAGAUGCUUGAAAAGUAAGCAUGUCAGUUUACUGUGCUUGGAAUAAAACAACUCACCUGCAGUUGCUAAUCAAAUUGUCGCUCACUCAUUUGUGUCCUUGAAGUUAAGAAUCAUGAAAUUAUGAGGAAGAAUGUUUAAUGGACAAAAAGCUCAAUGCAGGUACUGGAAAUUCUGGAAUUAGUUCACGUAGCAGUCACUAGUACUACAUAAACAGUAAUUUAUUUUAGUUUUUUAGUGCAGUUGUAUGCAUUUUUCCCCCAAUUCUUUUUAUGCAGUGUGGAGUUUUGGUUUUUAAUUUUGGAGGAUUUUGUGACUAUAGACUAAUUUAGCAUGUUUUGUAACUUGAUUGUCUUUAAAAAUUUCCAUUUUUCAAUACACAUUGCGUGCUAUUGAAUCCUGCACAGAGUUUGAGCUCUGGAGAUAGAGGUAUGGAGAGGGGAAAAUAUUUUAUUUUAAUUCACAAUUGAAAGAUUCCCUUUCUGUAUGUUUAGUUUAUAGUAAGUCUCUCUUACAAAACUACAGGUUUACAUACCGUGCUCUGAUCGUAGUUUACUUUGGAGAUCUACAAAAACAAUGUUCACUGUGUUUACUCUUUGACUGUUUAAAAUGCUGCAUGUAUAACCACUGCAUUUGAAUGUUAAGGCAGACUGUGCAGUCUAGUUAUUCCUAACAUGUUUCCAAUCAGAUUGUCAUUUUAAUAUGAAAAGUGCAUUUUCUUCUGUGAUCACUGAUUUUAAGUGGGUUUUUUUCAGUGUGAUUUGCCCCCCAACCCCCACUGCCCUCAUCUUUGGCUGGCCUGAAUCAAGCUCUAUAUCCGAGUUGGAACUUACAGUGUUACUGUUGGGCCAUAUGGCCAGUUUUAUAGUGUUAGCUCAGUGAGCUUUUCAUUUUUAGCUACCUGGUUCAAAUCCUGAUUUAACAAAUCAUACUGAUUACUUCAGUCUAGGAGCUAGAAUGUCUUGAGUUAUUCCAGUGUCUUUUCUCUGGGCUAACCCAAAGGUGCACUAAAUUUGUAAAACUAAACUUACUGGAAUUUAUUCUAAUCUAUGUUGGGAAGCCAAAACUUUUGGAAAAAUGAGCUUGUGGAAUAGUAUAAAUCUCCUUUAUAGACUUAAGUAAUUUGCAGUUUAAACAUAGGCACAAGACUGUUGUUUUAGCUUUGUUGAUAUAGGUUUCAAACUGCUUUUGGAAUUACACUAGACCAAUUAUUUUUUUUCAACCUUUUUGUGGACCUUAAAAAAUUUCAAA